UUACCUUGGGGAAGUAGGCGUUGGCUUACUGUGCACAUGUCAUGUAACUAAUUUACACAUGGAUCUAGUCCUUCCUUCCUCUCACGCAGUAAAUGCAGUCGCUGUUUACUAUAAAGUUAAUGUGCAAAAGGACGUGUAUAGCCUAGUUUAUGGGAAGUCGUUUAUAAUUAUUUUAACUGCUAACGGCGUUUGAAAGUUGCGCUUAAUGUGUAACUUCGAAUUUAAGAACCGCAUAUCAUUACAAGGAACGGUCUGUUCAAAUUAUAAAAAGGGGAAAAAAGUGUGCCAUCCAAAAACAAGUUUUGUGUAUGUGUGCAAAAUGUGAUAAUCUUUCAUUACGGAAUCAAAUGGGUUUGUUGCACAAUACAGUGACGCUUUUUCUGUUAAUUUGUGGUGUCAGUUUAACAGUUUUUUUAUGUUUCAUAUUUGACAGUACCACAUUCCCUUUACCAAAACUCCAGAAACCCCUUCCAGUAGCACAUAAUGGACUGUUCCCAACAACCAUGCAAUUACUUGACCUUCCCCAUUUCCAGUAUAUCAUAAAUAAUGACGUCUGCAUGACUGACAUUGCCAUUUUUGCUGUUCUUAUAAUUACAUCACAUGCAGGUGACAUUGAAGCCCGUAGUGCAAUGCGACGUGCUUACCCUGAAGACAAACUUAAACAUUUGGGAAUACGUCGUAUUUUCCUUCUGGCUGUUUCCAAUCCUAAAGAUGAUGUCAGAUAUAAUUCAGUGACCCAGAAUGCUUUAGAAGAUGAAAAUCAUCGAUAUUCUGAUUUGGUUCAAGGAAACUUCAGAGAAGCCUAUCGCAACUUAACUUACAAACAUAUGAUGGGUCUUGACUGGGUAACAAAGUAUUGUCAGCAAGCUCAGUAUGUCAUCAAAAUGGAUGAUGAUAUUGUUGUUGAUUUUUAUAGACUUAUACAUAUAAUGAAUUUAAUUGUACAAGAUCGUAGGCCAUUAUUGAUGGGUUACCUGUUACAAGGAACUCGACCCGUUCGGGAACCUGCAAAUAAGUGGUUUGUUACUCAAUCGGAAUUUCCUGGGUCAAUGUAUCCGCCAUUCCUCUCUGGUUGGUUGUACAUAACAACACCAAAAGAUGCAAGGGCCCUGCUUGAAGUUUCAAAAACUGUCCAUUACUUCUGGAUUGAUGACACCUAUGUCACAGGACUUCUUGCACAGGUGGCUGGUAUAUCUCACCAGGACAUACAUCAGUAUUUCACUUUACAUUCUGAAUACUUGGAGUGCUGCAUUCAAGACAAGAUCCAUUUGUGUGAUUAUAUAGUUGGGCCCAAUGGUGGAGAUCCUGUGCUGUUAUUACGUUUCCAGAGGCAUGCUGCUAGCUGUCAAGAACGAAAAUGUCCCCAGAGAUCACCAGACAGAGCUCUCAACAGGACAUGUGUUGCUCCAAAAAAGUUUUCAGCUCCAAGUCAGGGUCAUGGCGAAGUCAAACCUGUGCCUCUGUUUUGAACUGGUCAACCUGAAUGUACAUAUGUUCAGAUUAUGGUCCUCUGGGUUGUGAAUACUGUGUAGUUUGUGUGCGGUUUACUAAACAACGAUUUCAGUAUCAGGACUACAUAGCAUUGCAUGACUAAUGAAUUGUAAAGGAACCUAGAAGGAAGUGGUCACUGCCUAAUCAAGAUACUAUCCCAGCAUUUUCCUGGAGGGACUGAGGAAAACCACAACAAUUUUCAAUCAGGAUAGCUGAUGUCCAGGUUGAUAUUUGAACUGAGCAUGUUUGAAUACAAGUCUAGAGCAAUACUUCUAGGUCACCAUGUUCAGUUUCACUGCAUAAUCCUGUAGGUGUAUUCCCCAACGCUCCAAGGAACGUGUGUCAGUGUCAAAAUAGGGCGAGGAUGUGGUUCGUUAUAUAGACAGGCUGCAAGAUGGUCACUCAGACCUGUGGUGGGGAUAGAAGGUGGUCACUUUGGUCCAUGUUUUCCUCACAUCUCCUAUUCAUUGCUAUCACUGGCCUGGACUGGGUUCUGUCUCCUCUACCCCUCCUGUGGUUAUGGGUGAGCAGUUUCCUUGGAGCCUGCUGAUAUAGCCUAACCAUAACAGAACUGUAUACAAAAUACUGGAACCCUCUUCUUUGUACUAUUCAAAUCAAUAUAUGCCUUGGCAGCAUAAUAUCUUUACAUUAGCAAGAAAAUGCAUGACAAUUGUGUAAGAAGUAACCUUUUUGAAGAUUUAUCAUGUAUUUUCUGGAUAAGUAGGUUUAUUCUUCUAACAAAACUGGAAAUAAACUUUGAAGUACCCAUGAGAAUGGCAUGGUGCUUAAAUAAGCACAAAGAUAACUUUACAUUUACCAACCAGAAUUUAUUAUAGACCAGUACUUUUUUUCUGUAACCAUUUUAUAAAAUAUUAAAAUUGCAACAUGUUCAUACAUAAUAUAUUCAAUAGUGCUAUAUUUCAUACACAGUAAUAUAAAAAGUAUCAAAACAGCUGAGUGAAUAUUUUAAGUAGGAUAAGUGCUCAAGAAAAUAAUUUAGAUAAAACAUAAUAUUUACUCACAAAAUGUCUUAAUUGUCUGCAACAAUAAUGAAAAUCUUAUUUCCAUUUUUACAUCCUAAGUCUUUUCUUAGUACAUACACACACACUUGUUUUUGUCUACUUUAAUGAUUUAUAAUACCAGAAUCUACCUUUUAAUAAAAAUAUAGUUAUAGAUAUGUGAAUAAUGUUGCUUCUUUUGGUACAAAAUGUCACUAAAACAUCCACUCUGUAUAUAAACAUAGUAGCAAAAAUAUAUGUUAACUAUUCAACCCGGAAACAUAAAAUCAACUAUGCAAUCACAUACAGCAUAUAUACUUUAUUUUAAAUGGAAUGUCAUAAUUCCCCACCACCAUUCUUUUAUUAUGUGUUACAUUUGUACCACAUAUAAAAAUGUCAUGGAUUGGCACUGGAUUUUUUUUUAAAUAGAACUAACAUAGAACACAAUAAAAAAAAGUAAAGUAAAGCUAUCCCUGUACCAGGCCGUGAAGGCCCAUAGGGUUGUGAGAUUCCAAUUAAUUAACUGUAUACCAAUCAGUUCUCCAGAGUUUACACCACACGUGAAACAUAACCAUAUUAUCAAAUAUGCAAAUAUCCAGUAUAAAAUUUACUUCAGUGAUGGAAAACUUGGCAUAUGAGAUGAUAACUGCUGGCAAGUCAUUAAAUUUCCAAUAAUUUAGUAACAUUAUAACAAUAUUUAAUAUUAACAACUGUCAUCAGUAUGUAGCUUGGCACACAAGGAAUACAUUUAAUUAUUAAACUUCUCUUUUUGCACAUAUGUUGUAAAGGUUUAUGAUAUUUAUCUUCAAUCGAGAACAUACAGCCUAAGGCAAGACCAACUUCCAGGAUGAUCAGUUCUAAAUAUUCCCUUCCUUUUUUUUUUUUUUUUAGAUUUUUUUUUUUUUU